GUGACAAAAAGAGACAGCUAUAUUGUUUGUGUGCUGAAGCGAUUAAGGUGUAUAAAAUAAAAUAAGACUUUCUUCCUUAAAUAAUAGUCAAAUAUUAUUCUGCAAGAAGUUUAAUUUUGUAUUUUAUAAUAUAAAGAAAGUGAUGUGUGGAUAUAUCGAAGUUAUAUUGUGAUUAAGUUGCAAGUACUUGGCCGCGUUAGAAGCCGCUUUGUUCGAUUUUCAAUAUGGCCGCUACCGGGUUUGUCUGUCAAAACGUUAAAACUAGCAUAUCAGUGAGACGAUUCUAUUUUAAAGUAAUUCACAAGGCUUAUAUGUGCUGUAUUUAACAUAAAAUAAAAAAAUACUAUAAUGACAACACUAAUGUGUAGCUAUAUUCAUCUAAUUUAUUUGAAUUUAUAUCUGUAAUGAGGCAACCAAAACAAAUUCGUCAAGCAUAAUAAUAAAUAUAGAAGUACAAAGAAGUUAAUUGAUACAGUGACAUUUUUUUAUGGUGGUGCUAAUCAAAUGAACAAAAUAAUUGUAGUGGUUGUUCGGGAUGUCACACUAUGAACGGGCGCGAUGAUACCGCCCCUGUGUUUUCGACAGUUUCAGCUGUAUUAUCCAUGGGCGUGGAGCGUAGUGGAAGUGGGGGCGGAAGCGUCGCGGGCGCGGGCGCGGCCGGCGCGGCUUCCGCUCUCAACGGCGCCGCCCCGGCCGCCGACCGGACCGACGAGCCGCCUAGAAAGCGGCCGAAGCUAGUGCUCACUGAUGAUGUAUCCGCACUCCGUAAACGAAUACUCGAAUACAAGUUGCUGCGACUGAAAAAUUUACGAGAUAGGUAUACGGAACAGCUCAGCGAGCUGUACUUCCUGCAGGCUGGCGGGAAUAUGAUGGACUAUGCGACAUGGCGCAAAAAGCCCCCGGCACCUCAGCUGGUGGCGUUCCUGGAAGCCCGGCGACCGCCGCCAGCCGCCCCGCCGCCGCCGGAGCCGCCUCCCGUGGCGUCCACCGCGCCGCCCACGCCUCCGGUUGCGGCGCCGGUGCCCGAACCGCUCGCGGCCACGCCUCCCGCGCCGCCCGCCCCCGCAGCGCCCCCUACCGCACCGCCCCCAGCGCCAGCGCCUUCCGUGCCCCUCGCGCCCCUCGCGCCCCUCGCGCCCUCGGUGCCCGCCGCGCCCGCCGACGAGAUGGUGGAAAAGGCCAAGCAAGAGGCUUACGUGGCGGCGCGCGUCGCGGAGCUCGUGCGCUCGGGCUUGUGGACGGAGCGGCGCCUGCCGCGCGUACUAGAGCCGCCGCGACCCAAAACCCAUUGGGAUUACCUGUUAGAAGAAAUGGCGUGGCUCGCACAAGACUUUGCACAUGAACGCAAAUGGAAAAAACAGGCGGCAAAAAAGUGUGCUCGAGCAGUUCAAAAAUAUUUCCAAGACAAAGCCGUAGCAGCUCAAAAAGCAGAAAAAGCGCAAGAAUUACAGCUAAAAAAAAUUGCAGCAUUUGCAGCAAAGGAAAUAAGAACAUUUUGGACCAAUGUGGAAAAGCUAGUGGAAUGGAAACGUGUCCAGAGAGUGGAAAGAGCCCGUAAAGAAGCUCUCGACGAGCAACUGAGCUACAUCGUAGACCGCACGGAGCGGUACUCGCGCCAGCUGGCCGCCAACCUGCACUCGGCGGGCGGCGGCGACGCGCCCGACGCGGCCGACGCGCCCGACACGCCGCCCUCGGACGACGAGUUCCAGCCGCGCGGCGACUCGGACGACGACGAGGAGACCAUCGCGGCCGCCGAGCGCGAGGCGGGCGACGCGGCCGACCACCGCGACGAGCUGGACGCGCUGCGCCGCGAGUCGCGCCUGGCGCUGGGCGACCUGCUGCCGCCCGGCUACGUGCCCGCGCACUCGCCGCCGCCCUCCGACUACGGGCCCGACGGCGACUCGGCCGACGACGAGGACACGAUCGCGGAGCAGGAGCGCCGCGAGCGCGCCGACGAGACCGCCGCGGAGGUGGCCGCGCUGCGCGACGAGGCCGAGCUCGACCUGGACGAGCUGCUGCGCCGCUACCGCGCGCCCGCCACGCCAGCCGCCGAGCCGCCCGACAGCGACUCCUCCACCGCCACCGAGGUGGACGAGGACGAGGACCAGGACCAGGACCAGGACGAGAACGAUACGGAUUCAGAUGACGAGGAGUCGACGGGUUCUGAACAUUUGGAGGCGUUGAUGGACUGUACGGAUGGCAAAAGCGAAGCCGUCGCCGAAAGCGGCGAUAAGGAAGAGGGGUCGCAACGCGUGGAAGCGGCGGCCUCGCUAGCGGCGUCGCUGCAGCCCACCGGCACGACGCUUUCGGAGACGGCGGUGGGCACGCCGGUGCCGCGGCUGCUGAAACACUCGCUGCGGGAGUACCAGCACGUGGGGCUGCACUGGUUGGCCACCAUGCACGCGCGCCGCCUGAACGGCAUCCUGGCGGACGAGAUGGGGCUGGGCAAGACCAUCCAGACCAUCGCGCUGCUGGCGCACCUGGCGCUCGAGCGCCGCGACUGGGGGCCGCACCUCGUCAUCGCGCCCACUUCCGUCGUGCUCAACUGGGAGAUGGAGUUUAAAAAGUGGUGCCCCGCGUUCAAGAUACUCACUUACUACGGAACGAUCAAAGAGCGGAAGUUGAAACGCGUCGGUUGGACGAAAGCGAAUUCGUUUCACGUGUGCAUAACCUCGUACAAACUGGUAGUGCAGGACCAUCAAAGCUUUCGAAGGAAACGGUGGAAAUAUUUAAUUCUCGACGAGGCGCAGAAUAUCAAAAACUUUAAAUCCCAGCGGUGGCAGAUGCUGCUCAACUUCCAAACGGAGAGGCGGCUGCUGCUGACGGGCACGCCGCUGCAGAACAGCCUGCUGGAGCUGUGGUCGCUGAUGCACUUCCUGAUGCCGGACGUGUUCGCGUCGCACAGCGAGUUCCGCGAGUGGUUCGCGCCCGUGGCCGGCAUCGCGGAGGGCAGCCACCGCUACAGCGAGGCGCUGGUGCGGCGCCUGCACGAGGUGCUGCGCCCCUUCCUGCUGCGCCGCCUCAAGGCCGACGUGGAGCGCCAGAUGCCGCGCAAGUACGAGCACGUGCUCAUGUGCCGCCUCGCCAAGCGCCAGCGCUUCCUCUACGACGACUUCAUGUCGCGCGCCAAGUGA